AUGAAGACAAAGCUGCUGUCCUACCAGAAGCACUGCUCCCGGAGUCAGCUAGUGAAUCGCCAGAUUCUGUCUAUUGUGCACACGCGACACCAAUCCACCAGCAGUGCAAAUGCCACCUCAUACCCCCAGUCCCAAACCAAAGCACAACAGUCCCAAUCCCCCCCCAAACAAGCACCCAUGGCGGUCCUCCCUACUAAACUCCUCCUGCGCUCCUUGCUGUUCACGUCCGUCAUGUCUUCACCCCUCCUGGAUCCCUGUCUCUGGUUGAUGAAGGUGGUGGUCAACUCCAAAUCGGCCCUCUUCAGUCCAUCCAGGAAUCCACCUCUCAAUUACCUUCUCCGUUCGACAAUUUACGAGCACUUCUGUGCUGGCACGAACGACGUUGAAGUCAGGAAGACGGUGCGGUAUAUGAAGGACUUAGGGUUCAAGGGCGUGAUCCUGGGGUAUGCACGGGAUGUCGUCCUCGACCAUGAGGGGUCCGGGAAGGCAUCUUCAGAGUCGAGUAAGAAUGCUGCGUAUGCCCGGAUGGUGGAGGAGUGGAAGGAGGGAAACCUGAGGACAUUGUCUAUGAUUGGUCCAGGUGAUUUUCUGGCUGUCAAAUUUACCGGCGCUGGUCCGCUUGCGGUGGAAGCCCUCACUCGCGGAGACCGAAUCCCACCAAGCAUUUUAUCGGCGAUGCAGGAAGUCUGCGAGAAAACCGCCCAGCAGGGUUCGCGGCUCUGGAUUGAUGCUGAGCAGCAGGUACUCCAAGACAGGAUCGAUGCGUGGACCAUCGACCUCAUGAAGACGUACAACCGGAACGGAAAAGUGGUCGUCUAUAACACGAUCCAGGCGUAUCUCAAAGCCUCCACGGAGAACGUCCAGAGACAUCUCCUCCUUGCCCAGAAGGAGGGCUGGACGCUAGGCAUUAAGUUGGUACGAGGCGCAUAUAUCCAGCAUGACAUCCGGUCCCGGAUCCACGACACCAAGGAAGACACAGACAACAACUACAACAACAUUGUCGAGAAGCUGUUGACGAGACAGUACCCGUUGCCUCUGAAACAGGAAGACAGCUCCCUCGCAUUUCCCGAUGUGCAUCUCUUUGUGGCAUCCCACAAUGCCUCAACAGUGAAGAAGGCCACAGCCCUUCACCGAUCACUGAUCGUUAAUGGAAAGCCCACAAUCCCGGUGGAAUUCGGACAGUUACAGGGCAUGGCGGAUGAGAUUAGCUGCACGCUGGUAUCGGAGGCCCAACAAGUGACCAACGCACCAGAUGCAUCAGAGCGGGAAAAGGCCGCCGCACCGAAAGCAUUUAAGUGCUUAGCCUGGGGUACGACGGCGGACUGUCUGCAUUUCCUUCUCAGGCGGGCCGUGGAAAAUAAGGGAGCUGUGCAACGGACGAAGCAUAUGGCUGCUGCUUUACGGGAGGAGGCUUGGAGGAGGCUGUUUAGGAGGUCGUAG